CGCAGGGCGGCGGGGGAGCGCGGGGAAGCGCGGGAGUCGCGGGGCCCGGGAGCACCCGGCAAGUUAGCGGUGGCGGCAUGGGGCGGUGACGCCGCUGCACUGGCCUCCGGCAGCGGGGCGCGAGCGGGCGGCGGCAGAGCGGGACGAUGCACCCUCGCCGACGGCUCGCCUCCCGGGAUCUGCGCGCAGACAUCUUGCAGAACAAGGAGUAACUUGCUGGCUUUGAACGCGUGGCCAAUAUUUCAGAAAGUUUCAAGAUCCAAUUGGAGAAAGGAACAGUUAUUCUUCCAAAAUUACCUGCCCCAACCAGUAUUCUUAUUGGGAAUGGACAAUGGAAUGUUCUCUAGCUUUAUCAUGAUCAGAAACCUCCUGCUUUUUUGUAUUUCCAUGAACCUAGCCAGUCACUUGGGCUUUUCACAAAUGCCCACCAGUUCAGUGACGGAUGAGACCAAUGACAACAUCACCAUAUUCACCCGGAUUUUGGAUGGGCUCUUGGAUGGCUAUGACAACAGACUGCGCCCGGGGCUUGGAGAGCGAAUUACCCAGGUGAGGACGGACAUCUACGUCACCAGCUUUGGCCCCGUGUCUGACACGGAAAUGGAAUAUACCAUCGACGUGUUCUUCAGGCAAAGUUGGAAGGACGAGAGACUUCGCUUUAAGGGCCCCAUGCAGCGUCUCCCACUCAACAACCUUCUGGCCAGUAAGAUCUGGACCCCGGACACCUUCUUCCAUAACGGGAAGAAGUCCAUCGCACACAACAUGACCACCCCCAACAAGCUGCUGCGGCUGGAAGAUGAUGGCACUCUGCUCUACACCAUGCGCCUGACUAUCUCUGCUGAGUGCCCCAUGCAACUUGAGGACUUCCCUAUGGACGCCCAUGCUUGCCCUCUGAAGUUUGGCAGUUAUGCGUACCCUAACUCUGAAGUCAUCUACGUGUGGACCAAUGACACCACCAAGUCAGUGGUGGUGGCAGAAGAUGGUUCCAGGCUGAACCAGUACCACCUGAUGGGACAUACAGUAGGCACGGAGAACAUCAGCACCAGCACAGGGGAAUACACCAUCAUGACUGCUCACUUUCAUCUAAAAAGGAAGAUUGGUUACUUUGUCAUUCAGACCUACCUUCCAUGCAUAAUGACCGUCAUCUUGUCACAGGUGUCUUUUUGGCUGAACCGAGAAUCUGUCCCAGCCAGGACAGUAUUUGGAGUGACCACAGUGCUGACCAUGACAACCCUCAGUAUCAGUGCCCGGAACUCUCUCCCCAAAGUGGCUUAUGCCACCGCCAUGGACUGGUUCAUAGCUGUGUGCUAUGCUUUCGUCUUCUCAGCGCUGAUUGAGUUUGCCACUGUCAACUAUUUCACAAAAAGAGGCUGGGCCUGGGAUGGCAAGAAGGCCUUGGAAGCAGCCAAGUUCAAGAAAAAGGAGCGGGACUUCAUCCUGAAUAAGUCAACAAAUGCUUAUACUACUGGGAAGCUGACUCACCCCCCAAACAUCCCAAAGGAACAGACCCCAGCAGGGACCACAAAUGCUUCUUCAGUCUCAGUAAAACCUCCUGAAGAGAAGACAGCUGAAAACAAAAAGACUUACAACAGCAUCAGCAAGACUGAUAAAAUGUCUCGAAUUGUAUUUCCAGUCUUGUUUGGCACUUUUAACUUAGUUUACUGGGCCACAUAUUUGAACAGGGAGCCAGUGAUUAAAGGACCUGCCUCACCAAAGUAAAGGAAUUCUUUGCCCUCCCAAAUUCUAAGAGAGCCAUAUUCCAGCAAAAAUGAUACCCAGGCAAGAGUGAACUUGAAAGGACCUUUCCUACUGGGGCACUCUCUUUCAGGAAUUUUUUUGCAUGUUCAGUAAUAUGUACAAAUAAUAUUGCCUUGAUGUUUCUGUAUAUAAUGUCAGAUGUUUCCAAGCUGUCAUGUUGAUAAAGUGGAGCAACUUUCUAGAAAAAUGGAAGACCAUGGCUCUGACACUCAGAUGCUCAGUAACUUACAUUAAUAGUUUACAAAUGAGAUAAGUAUAUUUUUAACUGUUCUUAGUGUUAUCUAACAAGGUUUUUUAUACUUCAGACACCAUUUCAUUCAAAUUUUCCCUGUGGAUAAAUAUUUUAGGAAGUGAUGACUGACCAACUCUACUUGACCAACUCUCACUUGAAAUAAAGAUCACCAAGAGCACUUUUUUUCCAUUAAAAAAGAGAGAGACUGUGGGCAUUUAUGUACAAAAUGAAUUGCCUUUGAUAAUUCUUAUUGUUCUAAAAUUAGAUGAGUAUUGCAUGAUCUUACAUUAUGAAAUAGUAUAGGUCAACAUUUAUGCAGACAAAUUUCAUAAACAGAAACCCACAGUAUGUUAGAUUAACAGGAAAAAAAUCCCCUGAGGAAAGAAAUAUAUAUAUAU